AUGAGCAUCUUAUUCGGAUACGAUUACUUUGAUACAAUAGCGGAAGACCUGAACACCUUAAAACUAAAGUUGACAACAGUCGAAAAGGCACAGCAAGGAAACACGGCAGAAGUUGCUAAACAUGCGAACGACAUUGUAAGGUUGAAUAGCCUCGGAAAAAAUUCGGUACAGUACGACUUUACCCAAACACCUGGGUAUCCACCCGGAUUUCUCCAAACUCCUAAUAUUUCCAAUUCGGAUAAAAAGAACGCAAGAUUCAUUGGGUUUAGUGUCAGUGACGGAAAAAACACGGCAACAUCCUCCACCCUGUAUGGAUUUCGCGAUGAUGCUGCGGGAACAGUUGUUAUAUUUACACGCGAUCAAAGCAGUAGAAUCAUUCAGGUUUCGUUUACGCUUUUUGUCGUCUUGAAUUCCGGAAAUAUGAAGGUACAAAUCUUUGGCUUGGAAUCCAAGGACGUAGACUCUGCUGGAAAUGUAACGAACAGAACUAUAACUACAAACAUAAAUUGCUUCCUUCUGAUAAAAUGGGGUUUUAAAUCUUCUUGUAAGAUUUAA